UUAGUAAUAGACAAUUAUCAUUUAAACAGUAGAAUUUUUCAAUUGAGUUUAGCCAAAGAAGCUAAAAGUUCUAUUAUAAAAACAGUAACAAAAUUGGUUACGAGUCCGCGUACGAGUCCGCGUGGAAGCAAAUCACCAUUCAGCAAAUCAAAAUCUUUUGACAAAACUGAGCCAAAUAAAGACAAAACUGAGUCAAAAAAGCCUUUUAUGAGGAGCCUUUCAAAUUUGGCGUCUACUCCGUCUAAACUCAAAGCUGUAUUCGGCAAAUCUCAAUCGUUUAAUGAAAAAAUGUCGUCAAAUUCGCCUGGCAAAGCAGAAUCUCCCCGUGCAACUGAAACCCAGCAAACUUUGUCAAGCAUAGAAGAAUUUAUUCAAUCCAAGGAAAUCCCUGUAUUAGAUGUUUGUAUUGAGAAGAGAAUUAAAUGUCACUUUUGUAAAGUUGAUAAAUAUUUCAAUGAAAUAUACCUGCUAAAUUCAGGAAGUAAUACUUGCUCUAAAUGCUUUCAUUCAAUGCAAGAUGAUAGUGACUGGAGAAUGGACAAGGUAGAAAUACCUCUUCCAAAACUUUGCCGCAAAAUUGCUAACCCAGUUUUGCAGAAUGGCACUGGUCAGGAAUUUACCUACAUCUUUGAUUUUAUGAAGGUGCAGGAUAAAAAAACAAACAUAAAUUUCGUACAGCUGGCAGACUUUUCUGGUUCUAUGGAAGAAGGAUUCCGAACGCCAAUGAAUCUGCUGACUAAUUUUGCACAUUUAAAUUUGGAAGAAGCUGAAAGCUCCACAACUGGUGGAACUAAGUCUAGAAAGAGUUUUGCAGGAUUUGAAGGGCUAAAGUUGAAUUUUGACGAUAUUGAUGACCAGCAUGAAAGUAGUGCACCUAGUAACAUCCCUCGACCUAGAAAAUCUAAUGCACAAAGACCAAUGGAAAGACAAGGAGUGUACGUAAUUUUAUUAUAUAGCUACUCUAUUUAG